AUGGCCCGAGCAUCCACAUAUACCCAUCGAGGAACAGGGAACGAUGAUCGACCAAAGAGCAGCGACGCCCCGAAGAAAGAGCUAUGGUCUUCAAUGCUUGAUGGCGUUUCGAGCGGCAAGAGGUUACCAGAGAAGAGCGUACUCGUGCUCGGAGGGACGCCAGAAACACAGAAAGACUUUCUCGAUUCCAUACGCACAGAUCCCGAGAAGCGGCGACGGCCCCCAGAUCGUGGCCGGAAACCCCCCAUUGCAAACCAAUUCGCUCUAGGCUACACAUAUCAAGACGUCCUUGACACCGACCAAGAAGAUACUCUCGCCCGCCUGUCACUCUAUCUCCUCACCGACUCGUCACCUUCAUUUACACCACUCCUCAAGCCUCUGCUUACCACUCGCACCUUACCGAACAUGCUGGCCGUCAUACUGCUUGACUGGAGCCAGCCGUGGGCAUGGGUACGUCAGCUGCGCGAUUGGAUACGGGCUCUGCGCUCUCUCAUGAGCUCGCUAGACGACAAGUGCAAAGACGCACUCGAAGAAAAUAUCGCGAUUUGUCGGGAGCGAGGACGCAGCCGUGGUGUUGACACUGCAUUAGCCACAGCUUACGGCAAUGUACCGAUCCCCCUCGGGCCAGGCGAAUGGGACGAGCCGCUCGGCAUACCUCUCUGCGUUGUCUGUCAGAACGCAGACAGAAUCGAGACGCUCGAGAGAGAACGAAACUGGAAGGAUGACGAGUUCGACUUUGUCCUGCAGUACAUACGAACGAUCUUACUGAAGCACGGGGCUGGAUUGAUAUACACGAUGCUGUCGCAGCCUGGUUCGCUACAAACACUUAUACAUUCGUCGCUGGGCAUUCAAGGCACGCUUGAGAAGAAGCGGCUGCAAUAUAACAUCAUCGACCGUGACAGAGUGUUGGUGCCGCCGAACUGGGACUCUUGGGGAAAGAUCAGGGCGCUUCCCGGCAGAGAAGGCUUUGACGUAGAGGGCAUCAGCAGGGCGUGGUCAAUUCAGAUACAGGAUUCACGGACGACUGGGACUGACAGCAUUGGUGAGGAUGGCGGCGAAGAAGUUGCUCUUGCGGGUCAAACUAAUGCGAGCGCACAAGGAAGCGCCGUAGCGAUGUACGAAGACACCAUGCGCGACCCUGAGCAGGGUGGUGUUCCAGCUGACGGACUGUACUCCCGAAAUGGCAAUGGCAUAGAAGUGGAGUGCACCGAUAACCAAGCGUUUCUGGCUGGCCAGAUGGAGGUGCUGGAGAAGCUGCGCGCCGACGACGAACAAAUCAAAUCCAAAACCGGCCGGGAGGCACGAAAAGGUGCAGCUGCACUCAUUACGAACGUUGACACCGCGAGUGGAGCCAUGGAUGAGCACAUCGGUCCUGUACAGUUCAAUAUGGGCGGCAUCCAGGUGGACGCCGAUGACAUGCUGCAGAGACUCAAGGACCGAGAAGCAAAUCGAUUCUCUGCAGGAGAAGCGGCGCCCAUCACCUCCCCGACGGACCCAAGAGCCGAGAACGAGUACUUUGCGUCCUUCUUCGCGAAUCUUAUUAGUAAAACGGGUCGAGGUUCAGCCCCGAGUAGUUCACAUCCUUGA